UUACAUUUCGGAGAGCAGAGCAGACAGUCGGGCGCGUUUCGUUCCUUUUCGCGUGUACGAGUGAGUGAAUUUUAGUAUCGUUCGAUUUGUUUUAAAAUCGACAACAGCAACAACAAACGCGAAAUAAUAUUCGUUUAUUAAAAAUAUUUCGCAACCGAUGUGCUGUAUUGCGUCAACCAAGUGAAAUUGAAGCACGCACACACAUACAAACAGAAACAGAAACUCACACACGCACACACACACGUAUACACACAUAUACAACAUACAAAACGUACACAACUCAAAGAAAAGACAAUGAAAAUGCCAAUCGUGAGCUAAAGUCAAAACAACAGUUAGUAAGCGAGUUAAAAGCAAAAACUGUGAUAAUUGUGAGCUGGCAAGCAGUGCAUAAAUAACAUUUGGAACCACAACAACAACAACAACAACAGCAGCAACAAGCCACAAAAUGGAUAGCAGCAGCAAUACGAGUGCAGUGGAAGGUAACAAAAUAGUCAACUAUACGCUGCCAACGGCUCUCUCGCCAUCUGCUGAGAGCAGCAGCAACAACAACAACAACAACAACAGCAACAGGAGGAACAACAACAGCGACGCUUCGUCCGCUGGCAGAGAGCAGCGCCUGACGCCCGCAUUAACUGUGUUUACAUCAGCCGCAUCAACGCCCACCUCCAGCCACGCCUACCCGUACGCAAUGUCAACGCCGACAAAAGAGUUCCCGAACGCGCAAAUGUUGCGCACAAUUCGAGAGAAGCUGCUGCGCACGCCCGGCGGCGUCUGUGAGCUGCACGCUUUGAGCUUUGCGGAGCAGACGAACCUGCAUGGUGGCAGCAUGAACCCGUUCGGAGUUGGCGGCGAGCAGCCCGUGAAGGUGAUCAAGAACCGUUAUCUGAUAAGUGCCCAGCCUAGUCACAUCUCAGCCGCGGCAGCGGCCAAGACGCCCGCCUCCUAUCGCCAUCUCAUCGAUCUGACGUCGUCGAAUCUGCAAUGCGUGGACGUCUUCACCGGGGAGCAGUUUCUCUGCAAGAUCAUCAACGAGCCGCUGCACAAGGUGCAACGCGCCUACUUUCAGCUGGAGCAGGACGAGCAGCUCUGCCGCAGCACCAUCUACGGCCACACACUGAUCCGGGGCGUGCACGAUCUGGUGCCCCUCUCCAAGAACCGCACCUACAUCAUCAUUGCACCCGUCCAGCAGAGCCAGCAGCGCGUCUACGAGAACCUCCACACGUACAUCCGUCACGAGAAGCGUCUCUGUGAGCCGGAGGCACGAGCCAUAUUCCAUCAGAUCUGCCAGACGGUGCAGGUGUGCCAUCGCAACGGGAUCAUCCUGCGCGACCUCAAGCUGAAGCGUUUCUACUUCAUUGACGAGGCGAGAACUAAACUGCAGUAUGAAUCGCUGGAGGGCUCGAUGAUACUCGACGGUGAUGAUGAUACGCUGAGCGACAAGAUCGGCUGCCCCCUGUACACUGCACCGGAGCUCCUCUGCCCGCAGCCGACGUACCAGGGCAAGCCGGCGGACAUGUGGUCCUUGGGCGUCAUACUGUACACCAUGCUUGUGGGUCAGUAUCCGUUCUACGAGAAGGCCAACUGCAAUCUGAUAACGGUAAUCAGACACGGCAAUGUCCAAAUACCCAUGUCGUUAUCCAAGUCCGUGCGCUGGCUGAUGCUCUCGCUGCUGCGGAAGAACUACACGGAGCGCAUGACGGCGACACACAUAUUCCUGACGCCUUGGCUGAAGGAACAGCGGCCGUUCCACUUGUACCUGCCCGUCAAUGUGCAAAUUGCCGACGACUGGGACGUUGAUGUCGAUCAGGAUGAGCACGAGCACAUGGAGGAGGGAGACAUGAGCGACCUAUGUCAGCUGGGUGAUAAACGGGAGCACGAGUACGAGGAUAUUGGCGUGGAGCCGCUAGACUAUACGCACAGUACGCUGCAAAUGGCCCAGACUAGCGUCUCCAGUUCGCUGCCCGUCGAGCCUGAUGCGGACGCCGACGAGGACAUGGGCUGACCAAUGUCCGAGACAGAGCCGGACACAAAGCCACUGAAAGCUCGCUUUCUCGUAUACGCUGGCGCGUGAUCUUGAGGCGUUAACUCGCUUUCGGAUUCAAUGCUUCACCUCCCGCCCCGAGGCGCAUUACCUGCUCUCUACGACGAUAGCCGAGGCUAAGGCGGCCGCGCUCUCCACGUCAUCAUCCUUCCUCGAUUCAGGUGGCGAUUCAGCCUCCAAAACUCGCACACAAAAAAGACUUUGUAGCCUCGCUCACACCUUACACGUAAACAUAUACAAUUAAAAAAAA